GGAGGGAGAAAAAAGACCGCCAGCCACAGCGUAGACUACGCAAGAGCCCUAGUCGCUACAAGCGAACGAGGAAGUAGUAUAGUAAAAUUGAACCUCGCCGAGACAGAGGAACAUGGAGUUGAAGGGAGCUAACCUUUACACUUGUUACAGGUGUCACCAUUUUACAACACAGUGACAAUUCAGUCCCGAGAGCCGUUGGGAUUUAAAGGAAUGUCUGGGUAACAUUGUUUUGUCAUGUGCCUUGGCACGGGAUCGGUGCCACCUUGUUGGUGAGGUUUCAAGAGCAAGACGCAGAUACGGGCAGGCAGGUGCGUAUGGACCCAGUCUUUUCGACCAUUACGUUUUCAACACUUGCUGCCCGGGAAAUAACCGACAGCCAUGGAUACCAAGGAGAAUAAGAUGAGGAAACAUACAAUGAAACCCAAAUCGACGAAGCGCAAAGAGAAGAAAUAUAAAACCACAAAGAUUUUCAGGGGAAAAUCUUUGAAGUCCGUUGGUAAUUUUAUGAGCAGGGUAUUGAAAACUUUGGGAACUUUGGCACACUUUGGAGACGUCGAGCCACCUGACGCUGAGGAUGAUGAUGGUGGUUUCAAAGAAAGCGGAGCAUGCACGUUGAGUGCAACCUCAGGGAAUUUUAAGGAUGAACUCCAGGUUUCGAGGGAUAAUACUAUGAAGAAGAGCUGCACAGUGUCUUCUCACGGAUCUAUUAAAGACAGGCUGUCCUGGUGCUAUGGCGACAAAACUCCCGGGGUCCUUGGUUUGAAAAAUCAUGGAAACACCUGUUUCAUGAAUGCCGUGGUUCAGUGCCUCAGUAAUACAGACCUUCUUGCGGAAUAUCUUGGUUUGGAACAAUAUAAAUCAGAUUUGUGUCAAAGGAGAGUAAAUGGAGUUGUUAAAAGCGAGGACGCGCCAAAUGCCAGGGGUGAGGUUACCGAACAGUUGGCGUCAUUGGUUCGGGCGCUUUGGACCCUUGAAUAUACGCCUCAGCUGUCAGUGGAAUUUAAGAGUAUCGUCUCCAAGUACAACUCCCAGUUCCGGGGGAACUCGCAGCACGACGCCCUGGAGUUCCUCCUGUGGCUGUUGGACAGGGUUCACGAGGACGCCAACUCCAGCUCCAACAACCACAACCCCAGCUCCAACAACCACAACCCUAGUUCUAACCACAGCAGCGGCAAGACCAAAGCCUCUGUCAAGGUAAGGGGCCAUGACGUACCAUCCAUUAACAGGAAAGAGCGUUUUCAUAGCAUCUCCGGAUGAACCGACUGUACCGACCAAGGAGAUCAGGUAAGCGCUUCGAGAUGGACUCCGAGGCCAGGCUUCGAUUUGGGAGUCCUGAACUCCGGUGGCUCCAGAUUCCUUAGGAGGCUGUUUUAUUUCGAGGAACCCGGGAGAAGAUGCUGAGAUUAGCACUUGUUCAGGUGUGAGAGUUGCUGGAGCUUGAGUCAUAUCACCUGGAUCCCACGCAAGAGCACGCACACACACACACACACAGACACACACACACACCCACAGCCUGCUUGCUCAUCUGUUCCUGUCCCAAAAAGAAGCUUCUCAGUUUCUUUACCGGCACCUCACAUUUACCAAGAUGUUGUGUGCAUCACCUGCCUGCAUUUCAGACGGUCUAAACACAGUUUCAGGUGUUCUAAUUAGCACUUAGCAUCUGUUUAGUUGCGUAACAAACGUAUCAGAAUUUGAGUUUUGUUUUUGACCCGGGCCACGUCUUCACUAUGAACGCUCUCACGCUCGAGAGAGACAAUGAGUAGAUACGAGUUUUCUUUUAACAUCACCGAAGAACGAAUCCUCGGAACACACCCGAACCCUCGCCUCGGUUGGCUAUUAACCGCGGGUCUUUAACAAGAGGGGGCGACAAUCGGUCUAACGAGACGGCUUCCUCGUCAGAAGUGCAGUGUGUGUUCAAGAAUGCGAUCCUUCUCCUAUUCCUCCUUGCCCGCCCUUGUGUUCGCCUGAAUAGAGCGGCACGGUGUGUCCUCAUCCCGCCUGGGUCGCCAAAAUCAAUUAUCGCACUUUAGAAGGAGAUACGGAAUGUUCUCUGUGAGGAGGGGGGCUCUUUUGAAUCCCCUCCGCCCCCCCAUUUCCCUGGACGAUCCCUCCCUGUCCCCCCUCACAAAGAAGCGGAGCCGGAGGGUAGUCGACGUGUGUAUGUGUGUGUGUGUGUGUGGAGCAGAGCCAGUCAUGUCUGACUGUGGGUGAGUCACCCACUGGGGGCCUCUGAAACAAGGCAUUGUGUGUGUGUGGAGGGGAGAGGUCUCCAGUGGAUGGUAACAGGAGAGGCUGUUGAGUAGAAUGCCCACUGUGAAAGGUGGUGUCCUCCACUUUACCUCUUUCUCUCUUUCUUUUUCUUUGUUUUGUAACCUCUCUCUGUUUCCCUGUCUUUCUCUGUAUCUUU